AUGAAUCGAACGGACGGGCUUGUGCGACGUGUAAAAGCACGCGACACCGAAUCAAAUGGAGGAUCAUCUUCAUCCGCGGCGAAUAACGCCGAUCCGGAAGAUAACAAGAUAGACAAGGAGGACGAGAUGGAAGACUGCGACUCCAAGGAAACGCGGCUAACGUUGAUGGAAGAGGUGCUGCUGCUUGGGCUAAAGGAUAAGGAGGGUUACACAUCAUUUUGGAACGAUUGCAUAUCGAGCGGAUUGCGUGGUUGCAUUCUGAUCGAAUUGGGGCUCCGUGGACGCAUCGAACUGGAGCGUGCCGGUAUGCGAAGAAAGGGUUUGUGCACGCGGAAAAUCAUCCUCAAAUCCGACACACCAACCGGUGACGUACUGCUCGAUGAGGCCUUGAAACAUAUUAAAGAAACGUACCCACCGGAAACCAUUCAGAGCUGGAUCGAAUAUCUAAGCGGGGAAACAUGGAAUCCGCUUAAGAUACGCUAUCAACUGAAAAAUGUCCGCGAACGACUUGCCAAGAAUUUGGUCGAAAAGGGUGUACUAACGACGGAGAAACAAAAUUUUCUCCUCUUCGAUAUGACGACACAUCCCCUAACUGAUAACGUUAUCAAGUGCCGGUUGGUGAAGAAGAUACAGGAUGCGGUCCUAACAAAGUGGGUCAACGAUCCUCAGCGGAUUGGCAAACGAAUGCUGGCACUGAUCCUGCUAGCGCACGCCAGCGACGUGUUAGAGAAUGCCUUUGCGCCACUCAACGACGACGACUACGAGCUGGCGAUGCGACGGGUAAGAGAGCUGCUCGAUCUUGACUUCGAGACGGAGUCCUCCAAAUCGAACGCCAACGAAGUGAUUUGGGCCGUCUUUGCGGCCUUUACCAAGUAA